AUGAUGAGAACCACAGAGAACUUCGAGGAGACUCAGCUCCGUGCCGCACUAAGUCCUCCCGGGACCCCCGCGGGAGGGUACAUUUAUCUGGAAGCAUUCCUGCAGGGAGGAGCUCCCUGGGGUUUUACACUGAAAGGUGGCCUGGAGCACGGAGAACCGUUAAUCAUCUCUAAGAUUGAAGAAGGGGGCAAAGCGGAUCUGGUGAGCUCCAAACUGCGGGCCGGGGACGAGGUGGUGCACAUCAAUGAGGUCGUGCUGAGCAGCUCCAGAAGGGAGGCCGUUUCCCUGGUGAAAGGAUCCUACAAGACCCUCCGGCUGGUGGUCCGCAGGUAG